UGAAUAUCGAACCGGUAUCAGCCGUGCAUUGAAUGACAUUUCGUGCGAUAUGUCAAGCCCUCUGUAACGAGACGUUACAACGUGGCUAUAAAAGCUAAGUGCAAUCGGAAAAUGAUCAUCACUUCACAACAGCUUCUGAAGACUGCAGUUGAAUAAAGAUUUUCAUCAGCCGAAAAAUGAACGCCAUAGUCCUCGUCGGAUUCGUUAUCCUUGCCGCGGUUUCCGCCGCUGUUACCGACGCACGAAACGACGUGAUAGCGAUCGUCAGCCAAGAGCAGGAAGUCAACCCCGACGGUAGCUUCAGUUCGAAAUGGGAGAGCGCUAACGGGAUCUCUUACGAAGAAAAAGGUGUUCGAAAGAACGUAGGGCAAAAAGACGAGGCUGAAGACGUUCAGGGAUCGGCCAAGUGGACCGCACCCGACGGUACCAAGCUGGAACUGUCCUGGCACGCCGAUGAAAACGGUGCCGUCUUCGAAGGUGAUCACCUACCGACACCCCCACCGACCCAGCCCAUCCCGGAAGCGAUUCAACGAAGUCUCGACUGGAACGCCGCGCACCCCUACAAAGAGGAGUCGGAACCCAAGGGCAAAUUGUAAUUGACUGGCCUGGAUAAACCUACGACGAAAAUUUGGAUGAGCCGCUUUUAACAAUGUAAAAUUGCUAGGAAUUGUUUCUUUUUGAAUUGUCAUCGACGAAUCGCUACAGGGGAACGUAGAUGGGAGAAAAUUAUCCAACUUCAUUCACUUGCGAUUACAUAAAUAAAAAUCCAAUAAAAAAAGAAAAAAAACAAAAAAA